UAUACCAUACGGGCGGAGAUUCCAGGUUUCCUACAUUUAGCAAGCGUGUUGUGAAUGAAUUAAAAUUGUACGAAUACUUACGAUUUUUGUAGUCAAAUAGAUAUAGGGCUGGUGCAUACUUUAGUUUACUUUGUUGGAAGUACAGCAGUGAUUUAUAGAGAGAUUUAUCUAAUUUAAAAAUUUGUGAUGGCGACAGCAACCCCCAGCCGCUCAGCCGCCGAGACAACUCGGGCGGCAGCGACCACCCCGCUCUCUCCAACGCGCAUCUCGCGCCUGCAAGAGAAGGAGGAAUUGCGGCAUUUAAAUGAUAGAUUGGCUGUCUACAUCGACCGUGUGCGGGCAUUGGAAUUGGAAAAUGACCGUCUCAUGGUGAAAGUCUCUGAGAAGGAGGAGGUCACUACCCGAGAGGUGACGGGGAUUAAGGCUUUGUAUGAGGCGGAGCUAGCGGAUGCUCGUCGUGUCCUGGAUGAGACUGCGCGGGAGAGAGCCAGAUUGCAGAUUGACCUGGGAAAGGCCAAUGCUGAGCUGGAGGAAGCCAACAGGAACUUGAAGAAAAGAGAUGGGGACCUGGCCAUUGCUCAGGCUCGCAUUAAGGAGCUGGAGUCUCUGUACAACAAGAGUGAGGCUGCACUUAACACUGCAUUGAGCCAGAAUGGAGCACUGGAGGCUGAAGUUGCUGACCUGAAAGCACAGCUUUCUAAGGCUGAGGAUGCCCAUGCGGUGGCCAAGAAGCAGCUGGAGGCAGAGACUUUGAUGAGAGUGGACCUGGAGAACCGCUGUCAGAGUUUGUCAGAGGAGCUGCAUUUCAGGAAGAGCAUGUUUGAGGAGGAGGUACGCGAGACCAGGCGUCGCCAUGAGAAGCGAAUGGUGGAGGUGGACAGCGGAAUGCAGCAGGAAUAUGAGUUCAAGCUGGCACAGGCCCUGCAGGACCUGCGCAAACAGCAUGAUGAGCAAGUGUCCAUCUAUAAGGAGGAGCUGGAGCACACUUUCCAGGCUAAGCUGGAGAACGCCAAGGUGUCGUCUGACCUCAAUGACAAGGCAGUGAGCACAGCUCGCGAGGAGCUGCGGGAGGCGCACAUGCGGAUUGAGAGCCUCGGCUACCAGCUGUCAGCCCUGCAGAAACAGGCCAGCGCAGCGGAGGAGCGUAUUCGUGAGCUGGAGGACAUGCUGGCCAGUGACAGGGAUAAGUACCGCCGGCAGCUGGACGCUAAGGAGCGGGAGAUGGCAGAGAUGAGGGACUGCAUGCAGCAGCAGCUCAAUGAGUAUCAGGAGCUACUGGAUGUCAAGUUGGCCCUCGACAUGGAGAUCAACGCCUACAGGAAGUUGCUGGAGGGAGAGGAGGACAGGUUGAAACUGUCCCCCAGCCCCUCCCGGGUCACAAUGUCCCGUGCCACCACCAGCAGCAGCUCAUCGCGCUCCUCUCGCGCUAAGAGAAAGCGUGUGGAGGUGGAGGAAGCCAAGACUGUCAGUCAGCCCGAGGUCCACAUCAGUCAGGAGGCUGAGGCCACGGGCAGCAUCACCAUCGAGGAGAUCGAUCUGGAGGGCAAGUCGGUGACCCUGAAGAACACCGCUGAGAAGGAUCAGCCUCUUGGCAACUGGAGACUGAAAAGGCAGAUUGGUGAUGGAGAAGAAAUUGCCUACAAAUUCACUCCUAAAUAUGUCCUUAAGGCUGGCCAGACUGUCACGGUCUGGAGUGCGGAUGCUGGAGUGUCUCACAGCCCCCCCACUGACCUGCUGUGGAAAAGCCAGAGCUCAUGGGGCACGGGAGAUGACAUCCUAACCACCUUAGUCAACUCUGAUGGAGAGGAGGUGGCCAAGAGGACUGUCUCUAAAACUGUAGUGGAAGUGGAGAAUGAAGAUGAAGAGGAUGCAGACUUUGGGGAAGAGGAUCUUUUCCAUCAGCAGGGAGAUCCAAAGACAGCAUCCAGAGAAUGUUCAAUUAUGUGAAGAUAGAUCGUCAGUAUUUCUUUUUCUACAAUUCCAUUUUUUUCUAGAGCCACCUAAAUAUUUUUGUACAUGUCAGUCUUUUAUUCAGUUUUGGGGAUCUUUUAAGAUCCUUUUAUUUUCAAACCAAAUGAAUCUGCCUAGAUUUUUAAAUGGACCUAGUUUUUAACAUGUGCAUAAUCAUAAUCACACCCCCCUACCCCUCCAAACAUCUGAAGCAGAACAGCAUAUGGACUGAAUGAAAUGGCCAAACUUUCUACACAGUAUGGACACAUCUGUCCUCAAGAGUUCUCGUUCAAGAACCAACAUGAAAUGCAAAAAUGUGUGGUGUUAAAUCUCCCAGUCACCUGGGGCCAGAACAGGAGCGUUAGUGUAACUAAGCUGUCUUCAAGGUCAUUUUUAUUAUAAACGUCAAUUGGUAAUGAGCACAUGCUUGUGUCUCAAGUAUGUUAAGUAUGCUACUGCUGCAUUGCAAGGCAUUUUGACUGUUAGCAAUCUGGAAAUGGAUGACAACUAUCAAUAAUGCAACAGUAAAUUUACUUACACGUUCAAGUUGGAAGGCAGCAUCAUUUCAGGGAUAAAACAUGUGGUCACAUUUGUGGUAUUCUAGGAUCAUGAUUAUGAGAGCUUCAUUGUUAAAUGGCUGCUGUCAUAUCCAGAGCAAUUGCAGAAACUGCAGUUUCUGGGAGAGUUUUAAACGGUGGCUUAGUUAAAUUUAAUGGGCUUUGUAACUGACAGCCAUUACAUAGAAGCUAUUGUAGUGUCUUAUUAGACUGGCUUCGCAGAUCAAAUAAACAGGGUGGAAAAGCCAGGGUGCAGCUCCAGUGAGGCUGGUGAGUGCCAGAUGUUAAAUAUGUGGAUUUAGCUGAGGCUAUUAAGUCAUUCAGUGCUCCCAGUGCUUUGUUUCAUGAAAGAGUUAACAUAUGCUUGGCAAUCCCAGUGCAAAUGCACACAAAAUGACAGUGACUCCAUGGAUGACUCCUUAUGGAUGAGUAAAGCAUUUUAAACAGUGAGUGUUGAGGUAGAACUUGAAGUAUGUUUAAAUCUUUGCUAC